CGACAAAGUAACGUACAAGUUUCAAAUGAUUUAGCUGCAAAGUCCCUACAAAACUAAAAAAGUUAGAGAAUGCACUUUCAAUAUGUGAUGUCAACUGAUGUAGCAUCUUUUAACAAGCACCGUUUGAUUUAGUGACUCGUCGUCUUUUUGAUAAAGAGCAGUUUUGCCACUAUAGUGAUUGAGAAAAUGAAAAGAGAGACAUACUAGCAGGCAUGUUACCAUAAUUUUCCACCUUUUCUUUGUAAUUUCAGACUUCGCCGUUAUAUGCUUUAGAAGAAUCCCCUUUUAUUUGAGAUGCAUGCCUGAAUGAAGGAAAGGAUCAUCAGUUACUUUUAGAAGUUAGUAUCAAAGCAAAAUCAUGAGGGAAGGAUCACAAACAGCUUUUAAUUGUCACAUUGGAGAUACAGAAAUCAGUUAGGGAAGCAAAAGCAUUUAUUAUGGGUCCUCUUGGAAUCAAAUGAUUUAGACAUCUACCGAAAAUGGAACUGCAAAGGAGGAGAGUGGAUUUUUGAUUCCCACUAUCGGUAGAGCGUUUUACUUUUCAUGCGCUAACUAAUACAGUGAUGUACUUUACUCUUCUUUCUUUAGUAAUUUGACAAUUACGUUUCUACUUUUAAGCAGCAUUGUUGGCAUUGUUUCUUUUAAACCCCCUCCCCUUGAAAAAUUGAACUUAUUAGUACUUCUUGCUGCUGGUUUGCCGAAUUUAUUUCAAAGUAAAAUACUAUAUAAAAUUUCCAUUGUAUUGGCUUGAUGUUUUCUUAGAUAAUUUCAUUACAUUUUAAAGUUUUCUAAAGUCACUGUUGUCCGCUUUUGGUUCUUGCUAAAGACUCGAUGAUUUUUUGCCAGAAUUCCACCGGGUGACAAAAUGAUGGCAGCAAAUACAAAUUCUAGAAUUGGUGUCUGUAAUGAGACUUCAUGCAGUGAAAAUGAGGAGGAAACGCAUUUCUCGAGCUUGUCACUGACUCUCUUUAAUUUCAAGGACUUGAUAGAAGACCUUUAGCCCGAACCUCGGAUAUUCAACAAUAAAAUAUUACUUGCCAGAUCCUAAAAGGGUAUUUACUCGAAAGCUCGCAGUUUAUCACAGCGUUACACUUUUAUUCAAAGAAAUUUUCCGUGUUCAUUGAUUGCUUCCUCGUGUUUAAUCAAACCUCAAAUAUUUGAGGGAACAUAACAGCAGCAAUUAUUUCAGAGACAAAAGUGAAAAACAAAUUUCGGCACCAUAGGCCUUUUUCGGUACAUCGUCAAAAGCGAGUGGAACCUGUGGGGUCACCACUGAGAAAAGGUUAGGAUAUGCGAAUGGGAGGCCAGUUUUUGAGCAAGCAGACAGAUAUUGAAUAUCAGGGUAAAGCAAAUUCAAAGACAAAGAAUUCGCCAUGCUUAAUCCUUCUUGCUUUGUUUUCCUAUCUAUCAAAGAGAUAAAACAAACAAGGAAUUAAAAACCAGCCCGAGUGCAUGAACAUUAAAAAAUCUGCCUAUUUGCAUAUAAAAUUGUCAUUAUUUAACUCAAAUGCUAGCCAGUAGAUGCUGUUUUCAAGAAAGGAGGACAUCCAAUCCUUCUGCGACGAAUGAUGUUUUAGAGCAAAAUUGCAAAUGUGUGAUUGAUAACAGGCAAGCGGAAUAGAAUUUGUUCAUAUUCUCAUUGCUAUGGGCACGAAACAUGUGAGAUGGUGCGAGAAUGUCUUACAGGCUGCAAGCCGCAUGAGAAUCAGUGAACUACAAUGAAAGAGAAGUGUGAUUGCCACAAGAUAGAUGAAAAGCUAUAUCAAAUUUGGUGUUUUUCGAUUAAUUUAUCAACAGGGAAUCAGGGGGAGCUAAUUUUGCUUCAUUUUGUUUGAGUAAUAGCAAAAGGCUUAACACAAUUGGAGAACCAAGGUAAUAAGUCAUUUAAACCAUCAAUAUACAUUUUCUAGGACAAAGCGCCCAAGGAGAUAUUGGUAUGUGAAUUGACAAGGAAACAUAUUUAUCGAAAGAGGACCGGUCAUAUGGCUCAAAAUUUAACAAGAAUUUUAUUCAGCUGGAGGCCCCAUGAAGUAUUCAUCUUGAUAACGUUUAAAAAUUAAUCACUUUUUGUGUAAAACUGAUAUUGGCUCGGUGCUAUAAAAGCGGGUAGUUUCGUAGACAAUCGUAUGAAAAAGCCUACUGCAGAGCGAGUAAGGUGGUUUCAGCCGGGAGGCAUGCGACAAUGAUAAGGCCAAGCUGAUCUUGUAUCGGAGCAAAGUAGUCGAGACGAGGAAGUUUAUGAUAAACGUACACAAAUCGGCAAACAAGUCAAGACCACUAUUGUAAGCUCGUGUUUACUUUUCAACAAACAAAAAGAGAGCGUCAACGUCACUUAUAAACAAAAUGAGUAGAAUAAUUCAAAGACGCAUUGGAAAUCUGAGUAUCUUCAUCCACUCCCGAAAGAAUAAAGCACAAUCUGCAUGAAUGGUUGUGAAGCUUAUACGACUGGUCCUUAUUAGCAACACAAGAAGCUCAUUCUCUGUUUUAGCACAGAGCUAGCUGCGUUGACCGCCAUUCAGACGAAACUUUUUACCGGUUUUAUCGAGACCCUUUUGAUUUGGAAAAUGAGCUAUAAACUGAGAGGCCAGAAAAGAAACUUGAACAAAGGAUUGUAUUGAACAUGUACUUCGUAUUUUACCUGGCACGAUAACUAGACAUUCUUUUGCAUCGUUGAAAAAGUACAAGUUGAGAUUGAGAAAGUUGAGAUGAUUUUUCAGUUGAGAAUCGCAAAAUUAUGAAUUGAUCUUUGUAAUCAUCAUCGAGGGUGUAAAAGCGAGAUUUAAUACUAGUUUAUAAUGAAGUGACCUGGCAUCAGAAGCAAAUAUGAUGAUUUUUAGAGAUAACUUCACAAACAGCACUGGAGGACAGGAUGCAUGGAAUACAAACAGCGAAGGGUACAUUAUUUUAUAUGCAGUCUUAUGCUCUGUUAUUUCACUUGCAACAGUUAUCGGUAACGUAUUACUGUUUUUCACGGUUCUGAAAACCUCACAAUUACGAACCCCGACAAACUCCCUUUUGCUCAGCUUGGCAACAGCUGAUUUGAUUGCAGGGGCAGUGAUGAUACCUCUAUACGUGCAGCAGUUCAUCAAAAAUUCAACACAGAGCAGCAAUGAGGACGAGAAGCUUUGCCUUGUGCGAAAAUUUCUAUUUUUGCUUACAUCUGGUGCCUCAAUAACAAGCCUCGCGGUAGUCAGCGUAGACAGGAUGUUCGCCGUCUCGUACCCAUUUAUUUACGCGCGGCGCAUGAAUGCGAAAAUUGUCGCUGUUAUUAUCGCAACCGUUUGGACGGUGUGCGUUACGUUAACGUCCAACGCAGUCUUUGGCAUGAUUACUGAAUGGAAAGACAUAAUGAAAAACUGCGGCCCUGGCAUUCCGCGCAGCAGCUACUUCAUUGUCACCCCAACAUUAUUUUACGUACCGGGUGUGAUGAUUUUGCUAUCGUAUUUAAAGAUUUACUCUAUAGCCCGAAAGCACCGUCGAAAAAUAACCGCCCAACACGAGCCCAGUGUACAACCACCUCCAGUUUCCGAUGUUGAAGUCUCCAAAAUCGAUCAGGAGACCAUGAUCAAUGCUCGGGCUCGUACUUCGACUCUAACAACGACGAAGCUCUCGGUAACAAGUAGGUCGACAAGCCGACAAAGGAGAAUAACAAGAAUUCGUACAACAUUAUCAAAUGAUCUGAAAGCAGCUAAAACUGUUAGCAUUCUCGUUGGCCUGUUUCUUAUUUGCUGGUCUCCUGUUGCAAUUUUUUACAUCUAUUUGAACAGCGCGAAGAUUGACAUCAUAUCAAGACCCAAAUACAAUUAUAUCCAUGACGUUUUCAUGUUGCUGUCAUUUCUAAACGCUGCGAUCGAUCCUAUUUUGUAUACACUGCUCAACAGAGAUAUGAAAAGUUCUAUGAAAAGACACCUAAAAACAUUAUUUAAGUUAGAUCGAUAAGUAGCUGUAAACGAAUUUCUUUACUGUUGUGAAUAGAAAUACGAUGGUGCAUUUUUUAAAUUUCCCAAGGUGCUGUUUAGAACUUUCUGUGUAGCACUUUGAACAGAUUUUAACUUCAUACGACGCUGGCAGUCAUCAGAAAAAUGCCAAAUACAGUCUUAAGAUAGAUGUAACACUCUUUGAUAAUAUGCAAAGUUACUGGUUCGGUAUGAUCUAAAGGUAAAAAUUCUUUAGCAUCAUUUUAGUCCUUGAGUACCAGUGAACUUGCACUUGGCUCUGAAAGAGCUCACACUUGCUAAAGUUUCUACACUUUAAAUAAAAAUCUAUAAUAAAGAAGCACUUCCGGAUAGUUCACUUCACUGUAGAUAAAAUAACUAACAUAUCGAAAAUAUUCAGUUUUGUCUCGUGUUUGAGGUGGGACAGGGGGGAAUGGGACAGUAACUUUGAUUAGAGAUAACUGGUACGCUGUUGUUUAUGAUGCGUUGCGUAAGUAGUUGUUUUAAGAAUUUUUCUGCUUAAAUCAUGCAAUGAUUGUCACCGGAAUAAGACAAUGCAUUUAGGUUUAAAACUAUCAAAUACGUAGUUAGGAUUUAGUUUUAUUGUAGAGAAGCUGUCAUCAACUGUUAUUGUAAAAAAUUGCAAGUAG